UUAAUUUCAUGCUGGUCCUUUCUUACGUAUCAAAAUAGAUUUCACUAACUUUUCUUCUCUUUUUCUUACUCUUUUAAUCAAGGACAUUUCAGUAAUUCCACACCAUUCGCAAUUGUGAACUUCGUUAUUAUAACUAGCAUCGAAGUUAAAACUCAAACACACACAAAAAAUCUGAAUGGAGGAGAAGCACCAUUUGAACUUCACACAAAAAGCUGACGUGGCAGUAAAAACCGUUACAGAUAAAACCGUUACACCCGAAAAUUCAGCCGUGAAUUCCGGAAACGUCCGUGGAGGAACGCGGCAUCCGGUUUACCAUGGUGUCCGGAAACGGCGGUGGGGGAAAUGGGUGUCGGAAAUUCGAGAGCCACGGAAGAAGUCGCGGAUAUGGCUAGGGUCUUUUCCGGCGCCGGAGAUGGCGGCAAAGGCUUACGACGUUGCUGCGUACUGUUUGAAAGGUCGGAAGGCGCAGCUUAAUUUUCCAGAUGACGUGCACCGUCUUCCGUUGCUUCCUCCGCCGGAUUUGUGUACGGCUAGAGAUAUUCAAGCAGCGGCAGCUAAAGCAGCUCGAAUGAUGGUUACGACGCCGGAGGAUAGUAGCAUUGAUUCCGGUGGUGGUGGUGGUGAUGAUUUUUGGGGUGAGAUUGAGUUGCCGGAGCUUGUGAAGGGAACGUGGUGGACUUACUCUGUUAACGUUGCAGCGGUGCCGGAGAUUUAACUUCCAUAACAGCAAUUCUUCAAGGCAUGCCUCUAGUGUGUAUUAAUUAUAUAAUGAUUAAUGAUUAACUAAGCUAUUUUUUUGUUUUAUAAUAUUAUAUAACAAUUAUAACUAUUUGUAUUUU